AUUAUUAUAUUAUCUCAAGCUGGUCCCCGUGUUCUAAUUUUAUUCAAUUUUGGUUUCAUUUCGUUUGAAGUGUUCGGACUUCGGUAUAUCCGUCGUCCGUCUUCGUUUAUCAGUCAUCAAUCUGUUGCCAUUUUGCCAAACCCCGGAGUGCGUGUCCGACAAUUGACAUUAAUUUUAAUUUGCCCAUUGCAAUCUGUAACGGACUUAGAGAACAGUCUGAACAAAUACGUCAUAUAUUCAUCUAGUCAACGCAAUGGCGACUACUAGCAACGACUCGGAUUCUUCGCGUAAAAACACAGACAAAGAAAAUGAUAGCAAAGACGAACAAAAUAACAUGUUUGAAUGUAACAUAUGCUUGGAUAAUGCGAAGGAUGCGGUUGUCAGUGUUUGUGGCCAUUUAUUUUGCUGGCCAUGCUUGCAUCAAUGGUUAGAAACUCGAUCAAGUCGACAAGUAUGCCCAGUGUGUAAAGCUGUUAUAAGUAAAGAUAAAGUAAUACCAAUUUAUGGACGUGGAAAUACCAAACAAGAAGAUCCCAGAAAUAAAGUGCCACCUAGGCCUGCUGGCCAAAGAACUGAACCUGAUGCUAAUACUGGAUUCCCUGGGUUUAACUUUGGAGAUGGCGGUUUCCAUUUAUCAUUUGGAAUAGGAGCAUUUCCUUUUGGAUUUUUAACAUCGUUUAAUUUCUCUGAUCGUCCACAUGGAGUUCCGAUUGCUGGUCAAUUACAACAAGAUGAUCAUUACUUGUCAAAAUUGUUCUUAUGGAUUGCAGUAAUAUUUAUUAUUUGGCUGCUGUUGGCAUAAUUUACUCUUAUACUUUUCAAAUUAUCUUCAGUUUUUAUUUAUCGGUGCCUAGUUUGAAAUCCUUACCAAGGUUAUUAGUCAUAUUAUUUUUUUUUUUAUGAUGUAAAGAAUUUAAGUUAUAGUUUAAUAUUAAACUUUUUAAUAAUUUGACGA